AUGUCGAAAUCGUUACCCUAUUCAAUGAAAGAUGUACACUACGAUAACGCUAAGUUUCGCCAGCGAUCCUUCUUCAAGAUCAUUACUCAGAAUAUGUUAACUAGUAAUCUCAAACGUGAAUGUGUAAAAUGUAGCAUGGGAAAGUUUCUCAUGUUACUAAUGAUUUGUGGUUUAGCGUUUCUCAUGCUGACCCGAAUGAGUUCUGUUCAUCCUUCUACUGAUGGCACAGCUAAAAAUGUCAGAGAUCAGGAAGGGGAAAAUCUCAUUGCAAAUGGAAGCGGUAGAUUAGGAAGACUUUGGAGAAAGCCGCCAAGGCUUCCUCCAAUGUUAACACCAGAUGAAAUCACUCGUAGGAAUAGAUCAAUUCAUAACUUCGGCAAUUUAAAUGUGGGAUCCGACUGGAAGGCCAGGCAACAAAGGGUGAAAGAGGCCUUUAUCCACGCGUGGUCUGGCUAUAAAAAGUAUGCAAUGGGUUAUGAUGAACUUAUGCCACUGAGUCAGAGAGGAGUUGACGGGUUAGGGGGUCUAGGAGCCACCAUUAUUGAUGCUCUUGACACUGCCAUGAUAAUGGGAGCUGAAGAAGUUGUUAAUGAAGCUGGCUCAUGGAUUGAAAAAAAUCUUCCCGAGAGGAUUGAUGGAAAAGGUCAAGUAAAUUUGUUUGAAACUACCAUACGCAUUGUGGGGGGGCUUUUGAGUGCUUAUCAUUUAAGUGGUGGUGGAAAAGGUAGUAAUGCUUCACAAAAUGGAACCAAUCCAGUAGUCUAUCUGGAAAAUGCAAGGAAACUGGCCGAUCAUCUGCUAAUUGCUUUUACAUCAAGUCCUUCUGCUAUUCCCUUCAGUGAUGUGGUUCUACGCGACCGCUCUGCCCAUCCUGCUCCUGAUGGCCUGAGUAGUACUUCUGAAGUUUCUACUCUACAGCUCGAGUUCAAUUAUCUCAGUUCUCUAACUGGUGAUCCAAAGUAUAGUGUGGAAUCUAUGAAGGUCUUGGAACACUUGAAGACCCUGCCAAAGGUGGAGGGACUGGUGCCUAUAUACAUAAGCCCUGACUCUGGUGGGUUUAGUGGAGAGAACAUUAGACUUGGAUCUCGUGGUGACAGCUAUUACGAGUACCUCAUUAAAGUCUGGCUUCAGAAUCAAGGAAGUAAUUUGACAUAUUUGCACAAUAUGUAUGAGGAAUCAAUUAAAGGAGUGAAGCACCUUCUUGUAAGGAAAUCUGUGCCCAACGGAUUGAUUUUUGUCGGAGAAUUGCCUUAUGGGCCUCAAGGUUCUUUCAGUCCCAAAAUGGAUCACCUGGUGUGUUUUCUACCUGGGACUCUUGCUCUUGGUGCAACAAAGGGCAUUACAAAGGAGAAGGCUAUGAAAGAAAACUUGCUCUCAUUUGAAGAUCUAGAAAAUUUGAAGCUUGCAGAAGAUCUGGCUAAGACAUGUGUUGAGAUGUAUUCAGUAACUUCUACUGGUCUUGCUCCAGAAAUAGUGUAUUUCAACAUGGAGGGAGAAAGUGAGAGUGGUCCUGGCGGUGGAAACAAGGAUUCUAAAUAUGCUAAAGACAUAAUUAUAAAACCUGCUGAUCGUCACAAUCUUUUGCGUCCUGAAACUGUUGAAUCAUUGUUCAUCUUGUUCCGAAUCACAGAAGAUCCAAAAUAUCGCAAGUGGGGUUGGGAAAUCUUUGAGGCGUUUGAGAAGUUCACAAAGGUUGAUUCUGGAGGUUACAGUUCACUGGACGAUGUUACAACACUUCCUCCACAACGAAGAGACAAGAUGGAGACCUUUUUCUUGGGCGAAACUCUAAAAUAUUUGUAUUUACUGUUUGGAGACGCGAGUGUUAUUCCGUUGGAUGAGUAUAUAUUUAACACGGAAGCUCACCCCAUUCCUAUCCGCAGCAGUAGUAGAAAGUAUUGA